AUGUCCGAACAAAAUACACAGCCCGAACAUCUCUGGUUUGAAACACCUCUGGUCUACUCCAGCCAUAUCUCGCAAACGAUUGGUCAUUCAGUAUACCUCAAGCUCGAGAACCUGCAGCCUUCACAAUCCUUCAAAUACAGAGGUGUAACCCACUUUGCACAGCACGCAAAGGCACAACAUGGACCUUCCGUGCAUUUUGUAAUAGCUUCAAGUGGAAACGCUGGAGUGGCCGCUGCAAUGGCCGCUCGUGCUCUUGAAGUACGCUGUACUGUUUACCUUCCAGAAGGAGUAGGGCAGGAAACGCACAACCUCUUACGAAAACAUGGCGCAGACAUCAUCAUCGCAGGAGAACGCUAUUCACAGGCUCUACAAAAACUGCGGGAAGACAUGAAGAACGACCCUACCGCUGUGCUACUCCCUACUUAUGAUGACCCGCUGGUUUGGGAGGGACAUGGCUCUAUGGUCUUGGAGAUUAAAGCGCAGCUCUCUAAGAAACCAGACGCAAUCUUCUGCAGUCUCGGUGGCGGAGGCCUUUUGGGCGGUAUCAUCCAUGGAUGCAAACAGGUCGACUGGGAGGACGAAACAAAGCUAAGAAGUCAUGUUCAAGUCCCUAUUAUAACGAUGGAAACACACGGUUCCAACUGCUUCUACCAUUCUAUCGCACUGAACACACAGAAUUUUACUGCGGCAUCAUCAGGUCCAGACGACAUAGCCGCUCGAACAACCAAUGCACCUUAUGAUAUCGUCCAUGAUAAACAGCACGACGUUCUCCUUGCCUGCAUGCACGAACUUACAUCCCUUGCAACGUCCCUAGGGGCAACAUCGCCUUCAGCAGGUGUUGUCAGGAUGGCACUAAACAGGCCUGGUGGGUUGAAAUGUGUCUGUGUUCCUGAUGAGAUGAGUAUGUGGGCAGCGAAGACAUUUGCAGAAGACCACAAGUUUCUCGUUGAGCUGGCGUGCUCAACGCCACUCACCGCGGCAUACAAUCGCGAUCUGUUUUCUCGCCUGGUACCCGGCACCCCCACGUCUCUAUCCGAAGCAUCCUCCCCGGAUCAGAAACGCGAAAACACGAAUGAAAAGAAGACGAUCGUUUUCAUUGUGUGCGGGGGUGUAAAAAUAUCUCUCGACGAAAUGAAGGAAUACCGCAAACUUGAAGCUGCGGUAGAGAAGAACAGAGAGUGGGAAGUAGUGUGCGAUGGCGAGAAAAUGCACGUGUCGAAAUAG